CACCGGACACUCCCAAUUUGCUGCCUUUUUUGCCUUGGGUACGAGCCGACAAGCUCCACCGGUUGGUCGGAGGUAGAUUGCAAGGCGCAACAGUUAAGCGUCGGCCAGCUCACAUCCAUCUGUCCUGCGAGCGCGCCCAACCGCUGGACGCCUGACAUUCCUACCUACCUUCGCACCUUUCGAUGGAGCCACUGCCCGCUUGGCGCUCACAGCUGCCCUUUUCCGACCGGCUGACGGCCGUUGUCCAGAUAACCGCCGCCUAUAGACUCGCCCAUCCCGAUGCGCCUUCCGCAGAUGCUAGCAAGGAGGCCAGAGCGCUGGAACAGGAUGCCUUCAAUAGUGCCGCUUCUUUACCCGAUUACCACCAGCGUUGCGAAGCCGUCGCUGCGGCUUUAGCACCGCCGCCUGCCCAUGGCCAAGAGUCGGAUUCAUCUGCAGUCGACGACUUCUCUGCUGCUCACGGCAUUGAAUUAGGAAAGUACAAGCAUGCGGUGCACCACCGUAAUGGCCUCUUCUCUGAGGUAUACAAGGCCAAACGGCCGGACCUUGAUUUUAAUCAAGCCUCCAAUGAUGCACCCCAGCGAGCAGAAAUAGUAGCUCUGAAAGUCACUACGCCUUCUCUCAUGACCGCGCCUCACGACUCGGAGAGGGAGGCGCGGAUCUUGCAGGCGGCGGGCUCAGAACAGCAUAGCAUCAUCACGCUUCUGGAGACGUUCUAUCAGGCUGGGGGCAGGUUUGUCUUGGUUUUCGAAUUCAUGCCUCACGACUUGGACCAGCUCGUCAAACAGAAUGGCCUGUCCCCAAAACAGGCCAAGAGUUGCCUUCGCGAUUUGUUUACGGCUCUCGCACACAUUCAUUCUUUAGGUAUCAUUCACCGCGACGUGAAGCCGUCUAACAUACUUUUAAGAUCUCCCUCUGGACCUGCGUUCCUGGCAGACUUUGGGAUAGCCUGGAAGGGCGACGAUAAAGCUUCAGAACCGGCUGACGGGAAGAUUACCGACGUCGGCACGACACAUUACAGGCCGCCAGAGUUGAUGUUUGGGAACACGAGUUACAACCAAUCACUGGAUCUCUGGGCUGCGGGGUGUGUCAUUGCUGAGGUUGUGUGCUUGCAUGGAGAGUCACUGUUCGACUCUGGCGAAUUAGGCAGUGAGCUUGCGCUGAUCCAGAGCCACUUUAAGAGCCUGGGAACACCUGGCCUUGAAGAGUGGCCUGAGGCGGCACAGUUCCCCGAUUGGGGCAAGAUGCAGUUCUACGAGUAUCCCGCCAAGCCAUGGGAGGAGCUGCUGCCAGGCAGCGACGAGGAGGCGCGGGAGCUGGUGAGCCGGCUGGUGGUGUACGAGAGCUCGCAGCGGCUGUCGGCAUCGGAAAUCGCUGCCAUGGCGUUUCUCUUCAACCGGAACAAGCAGAAGGGCAACAUGGACCUGGUCCGCUCCACCAAGGACGCGCUGCUGCGACUGACCCAGGAGGAGAGGCCUCAGCCCAAGACGGAAGAGGACUUGGCGCGAAACCUGACCCAGAUGAAGAUCAUACUGCAAGGAACACCGGAAGCGGAAGUCAGCCCGGACCAAGUCUUCCAGCUCGUCAACCUCAUCUGCCAAGAAGACCUCCUCCUCCACCUUGUCCAAAACAUCCACAAGCUUCCCUUCGAGUCUCGCAAAGACACGCAAAUCAUCAUAUCAAAUGCCUUUCGCUACCGCGUACCCAGCAACCCCAUGGCCGAGCCGCCCGCCAUGCACUAUGUGCUGUCAAACCGACCGGAAAUAAUAGUUGAGCUGUGCCAUGGGUACGAGCGAAGGGAGAGCGCAAUGGCUUGCGGCGGUGUUCUCCGCGAGGCAUUGAAGCACGAUGCGGUUGCGGCAUUGAUCCUCUACGACGAGCCGGAUAAACGGGGGAAGGAAAGCUUGACUAGCAUCGAUCCCACGGUCCCAUCUUCGGGGCAAGGCGUGUUCUGGAAGUUCUUUGAGUGGAUUGAUCGGGGAGCAUUCGAGGCGUGCGCCGAUGCCUUCAACACAUUCAGAGACAUUCUCACGAAGCACAAGACAUUGGUGGCCGACUAUUUGCAGGUCAAUUUCGACCGCUUCUUCAAGACGUACAACGCGGUGCUGGUGCAGUCGGAUAGCUAUGUCACUAAGCGGCAGUCGAUCAAGCUGCUCGGCGAACUCCUUCUGGACAGAGCCAACUACAAUGUCAUGACUCAAUACGUUGCGUCGGGAGAGCAUCUUAAGAUCAUCAUGAAGCUGCUGCGGGAUGACCGGCGGAUGAUCAACUACGAGGGGUUCCAUGUGUUCAAGGUUUUUGUAGCGAACCCGAACAAGUCGCCGGCAGUGCAGAAGAUCCUGAUCAACAACCGGGACCGGUUGCUGCGGUUCCUGCCGACGUUCCUGGACGACCGGACGGACGACGACCAGUUCACGGAUGAGAAGAGCUUUUUGAUCCGGCAGAUUGAGCUGCUGCCGCCAACGGCGCCGUAAGUGUAGGUAGAGGUUUAGUUUACAGUAUAGACAUGACAUGUUGUAGAUAGAAAAAAAAAAAUUAAAAAAAAAAAGUAAAGCAAGCGUCAUUUCGCGUCCGCGCGGGCCGUGUACGGUGGGCUGGUUUAGAAUCUUGCGGGGCACGUGUUGGCUGGCCUAGGGAGCCGGCGCAUCCGACCGGCAACAGAAAGGGUCCAACGCGGCGUGACUUUGCUCGCAGCCUCUGCUUGGCUCUACGUCAUGCAGCAGCCGCCGCACCUAGCAAUUUUCGACCGAAUGGACGGCUCUUCAAUUGCGCACUGCUCACCACUAGACAGGCGCCUCGAUCCACGUCCACGCUGCAUUGGGCCCGUCGCCCUGCUCCUGUCCAGCCCGCCGGCCUGCCUUCCUGCUUAGGCCUGCGAUCUUCCCUCUCCCUACCUGUGCCUUUGCCAGCCCGUCAUUGCCCUUGUCCCUCUUCCCAA